GCCGCAUCCCGGCGGGCGCCGCCGCAGCGCAGCGGCAGCGCGGGCCUCGAGGAGGGGCCAGGAGCGCAGGGGGAGCGGCGGUGCCGUGGGGACCCGAUGAGAGCAGCAGCGGCUCCCGCCGAUCCUCCGGUGGCCGAUGUCCUGAGACCCGCCAGUGACACGCCUGUGACACGCCUGUGACACGCCAGUGACACGCCAGUGACACUCCUGUGACACGCCCGUGCCCGCCCGCAGCCCUGCCCAGCCCGCGCCGCUCCGCCCCGCGCCUGGGGCCCGCUGCAAGGCAGGACAUGGACUCCAUGUUCGAGGACGACAUCAGCAUCCUGACGCAGGAGGCGCUGGGGCCGGACGAGGACUGGCUGGACAGCCCCAACACCGACCUGUCGGGGGAGAUGUGCUCGGCCUCGCACUUCGCCCUCAUCACCGCCUACGACGACAUCAAGAACCGGCUGACGGCGCUCGAGAGGGAGAACUCCACCCUCAAGCGCCGCCUCAAGAUGUACGAGGUCAAGUACCCCCUGAUCGGCGAGUUCGGCGAGGAGCACAUCUUCUCCCUCUACGAGGCCAAGGAGAACUCGCUGCUCAAGAGCGAGAAGGCGUCGCUGCAGCAGCAGCUCAACCAGUUCCAGCACGAGCUGCAGAAGAGCAAAGAGCGGGAGGAGCAGCUGGAGGAGAUGAUCCAGGCGUACGAGAAGCUGUGCGUGGAGAAGGCGGAUCUGGAGACCGAGCUGGGGGAGAUGCGAGCGCUGGUGGAGACCCACCUGAGCCGCAUCCGGAGCUUGGAGCAGCAGCUGCGACAACGCGACAGCGGCGCCUUCCCCGGGCUGAGCACCCAGGACGUGCCUUUCAUCGCGCUGCACCCCAACCCCGGCCUGAGCCACGUGCUGGAGCGAGCCGCGGGCUGGCAGAGCCGCGGGCUGGAGGCAGAGCUGGAGGCGGCGCGCCAGGAGAACCAGCGCGCCCAGCACCGCGAGGAGCAGCUCAAGGCCGAGUGCGAGAGGCUGCAGGAGGAGCUGAAGCACCUGCGGGACACGCGGGAGCAGGAGCAGUCGGAGCGGGACAUGGCCUGGGUGAAGAAGGUGGGCGACGACCAGGUGAACCUGGCUCUGGCUUACACGGAGCUGACGGAGGAGCUGUGCCGGCUGCGGAACCUCAGCUCCCUGCAGAGCCAGAUCCUGCGGGCGCUGCUGCAGGAAAAGAGCCUCAACGGCGGCCAGCGCCACUCGCCGCUGUCCCAGUGCCACUCGCCGGCCCAGCAGCGCCGCUCGCCCGCCCCUCAGUGCCCCUCGCCCGUUCCACCGGGACGCCCCCAGUGCCAAUCCCCCGCCCUCCAACGCCGCUCUCCGGGCCCCCCCAGCCAAUCUCCGGCCCAGCAGCGCCGCUCGCCAGCCCCCGGCCCUUGCCAGUCGCCCGCCCAGCAGCGCCGCUCGCCGGUGCCGCCCCCCAGCCAGUCGCCAGCCCAGCAGCGCCGCUCGCCCGCCCCGCCGCCCCCGCCUUGCCCAUCGCCGGCCUCGGCGUCGCCGCACCGCCUGCCCGGCGAGAGGAUGGAGCUGGGCUACGCCAAACCCUCCAGCCGCCACAUCAAGGCGGGGUUCCAGGGCCGCCGCAGCUACUCGGAGGUGACCAACGUGGCUCUGUACCAGCAGAGCCGCUCGCUCUGGCUGCAGCCCGAAGCCUCCACGCUGCCCAAGCACCGACCCUACGGCGAGGUUUAUCUGGGGGGCGCGGGGGCCCCGCUGAGCGCCCACGAGCCUUUCGAGGAGCACGUCCGCUUCGAGAAGCAAUCGUCCGACGAGGAGGAGUGGGCGCUGCCCAGCCCGCCCAGCCCCGAGCACGGCGCCAUCCGCUGCGCCUCCUUCUGCGCCGGCUUCCCCGCGCCCGACGCCGACGCCGCGCACCGGACGGCGGCCGCCUACGCCCGAGCGGAGCACGCCCAGUCCUGGCCUUCCAUCAACCUGCUGCUGGAGACGGCGGACUCGGAGGUGCGGAGCUGCCCGCUGUGCCAGCUGGCUUUCCCCAUCGGCUACCCGGACGAUGCGCUGGUCAAACACAUCGACUCGCACCUGGAGAACAGCAAGAUCUGAGCCUUGCUCCCCCCUCCCUCCACCUUUGGAUGCUGCAUGGAAAACACACCGGGAGCGCCCGGCUCCCGAAAUACCUCCAAGUCUUCAGUAGCUACGGAAAAACUGAGCCCCCACCACUCCUUCUCCACCUCUCCUCACCCCAAAGCCCCCCGGAGCCCCCCCAGAGCCUCCUCGGAGCGGGUCCGCCCCCUCCCCGCGCCAGGUUUGGAUGUUCCGGGUACCAGGAUCGCCAGGUGGCGGCCGGAGGGGACGCGGUUUGUGUCGCUGGGUGUCCCCUCUGCGCCCUCGAGUGUCGCUGUUUGAUCUCAGGGAGGAUCCGAGGGGUCCCGGGACCACCCCCCAGGAGAAGGUGAGGGGAAGGGGCCGCCCCUCCCCCGGCUGUGGGGUCAGAGUUGGGGUCGGGGUUGGGGUCGGGGAGGGGGCAGCUGCUUCUUCUCGGUCCCCUUUGCCUCGUUCAAGCACCUUUCACAUCAAAAUCACCCCAAAAAUUCUUCCCCCCCUCCCCUGCCCUCCCCACAACGAUGCUGCUGAAAAACAAACCCCGAGGAGCAGCGUGGACCCCGAAUUGCACUGGGCUCUCUGCGGGCUCCCCCUGACCCCCCAAACCCUCCCUGAGCCCCCCCACCACGUCACCCCCGUCCCCCCAAAUUUCGAUCUACCUCAAAGCCGCCGGGAGAGGGGAGGGGGGGUCCACAGCACUGUCCCCCCUCCCCGAGCCGCUCCGCGCUGCAUGUCCCCCCCCCGUGUCACAGCGCACAUCCCCCCCCCCCAAGCAAAGCCGGGGGGGCUCGGCCGUCACCCCCACGCCCCCCGGGACCCCCGGGACCCCCGGGAGGAGGGACCCGCCCUCGCUGCGACGCCACCGACUCCAAUAAAAUCGUUCCAGCGCCCAAAACGUCUCGUGGGGGGAGGGGGAAGCAUCGCCUGUGUUGGGGUGGCUGGGGAAGGAAAGGGGGGUCCCGCUGUAGGUGCCCCCCCCGGGGAUGGGGUUGGGGUGGGGAAGGGGUUUCGGGCUCGCUUGUGUGGGGGUGAGCGGUUUUUGGGGUGUCCUGCUGCUCGUUUCGGGUUUACUCGGCGGGUGAGUGACACAAAACGGGACAAUCAAAACCAAAAGUGACAGAAGGGACACGGGCAGACCCCGGCCCGGGGGUCCCGGGGGGGCGAUGGGUGGC